AUGGGUGGAUAUCGUCCCAGACGUGUUUCCAUCUCCCAGUACGAGCAACUAACGGCAGCAGCUGCGGAAGGACUGAAAAGAGAGUCCUCAAAGUCAGCCGGAAUGCCGUUGAAAGUCUCAACCCCUCGAGCUAAAACACCAUUGGCGGGAAGCUCGAGAAUUGAGCAUUCAAUGAUCUCACCAUCGAAUAUCGGCAUAUCUCCACCUUUACGAUCUCCUCCACGAGGGCAUGAUGCGACACACCAUGCCGCGCCACGCGUGGGAUCUCCUCCAUCAGUAAUUCAAGUGAAACGAGCUCGAACGGUAGCUGUUGCACCUGGUGCGAAAGAGGGAGUGAUCGCUGCAGCUGUGCCCAGCUCAUCAGCUGGUUUACCUACGACUAUUUAUAUAGCUGCGCCGCAUCCACAUGAAAAAGUCAUAGUGACACCGCCACAGAAGAUCGUUUCUCCGAAGGUGAGUACGUCCAUCUUUUGGCUUAGAAUUGACCCUCAGUGGCGUUUGAUUGUCUCAUCGCUGAAAGGCAUCGUCCACAAAAAAUCCGAGGAAAUAAGACUUUGAUG